AUGCUCGAGUCCACCGUCUCCUCUGCCUUCCUUGUCAAGCUGCUGGAGGGGUCGGGGCUGCAACGCGGUGACGCGCGGCUCACCGACUUCUACGGCAAGCUCCGCGACCUGGACGCGCUCGAGGUGGACAGGCCACUCACCCUCGCCGUCUUCGACAAGCUCGUGGCCCCCUGCCGUGACAUCAUCUACCUCGCAAUCUCUGGCGACCUCAGCAUCCCCGACUUUUCCGCCUUCGGGUCGACGCUCGAGAAAAUCUACUCGAAAAUCAACGAGAUCAAGUCUGGCGCGAACGCGUCGUACAUCCCACAGCUGGCGCAGGUGAACCCGGAGCAGUUUGGCAUCUCGGUCACCACGGUCAGCGGCCAGCACCUCUCCAUCGGAGACAGCGACGUCCCCUUUUGCAUCCAGAGCUGCUCCAAGCCGCUGAGCUACUUGAUGGCCCUCGGCGAGCACGGCAGCGCGUACGUGCACCGCUGCGUCGGCACGGAGCCCUCGGGCCAGCGCUUCAACGAGAUGGUGCUCAAGGACGCGCCGGAGCCGAAGCAGCCCUCGCGGCGCAUCCCGCACAACCCGAUGAUCAACGCCGGCGCCAUGAUGAUGUGCUCGAUGCUCUCGCCAAAGCUCACGCGCGAGGAGCGGCUCGAAAAGGUGCUCGACACGUGGCGCGCGCUCACCGCCGGCGCGGGCCCGGACCCCGUCGGGUACGACGAUGCGACCUACCAGUCGGAGAGCGCGACCGCCGACCGCAAUUGGUGCCUCGCGUACAUGAUGAAGGAGAGCGGCGCCUUCCCGCCCUGCUUCACCUCCCUCUCCGAGACGCUCGAGCUCUACUUCCAGAUUUGCUCCAUUCUGUGCACCUCGCGCGGCAUGUCGGUCAUGGCCGCCACGCUCGCCAACGGUGGGCUCAACCCCAUCACGGGCGAGCGCGUCUUCGCCGCCGACGAUGUGCGGCGCGUCCUGCCACUCAUGCUCACGUGCGGGAUGUACGACUUCUCCGGCCAGUGGGCGUUCGACGUUGGCUUGCCGGCCAAGUCGGGGGUCGGCGGGUGCGUCUUUAUGGUCAUCCCCAACGUGUGCGGCAUCGCCGUCUGGUCACCGCGGCUCGACCCCGUUGGCAACUCGGUGCGAGCCGUCGCGGUGGCGCAGGAGCUGUGCCGCACCUAUGCGCUGCACAACUUCGAGGUCUUCUCCGGCCUCUCGCGCCACAAAGUCGACCUCUCCAAGCGGCGGAAGAACGAGGAGAGCAUCAAGGCGAUCGCGGCGGUUCUCUUCGCCGCCAGCCACGGCGAUGUGCGCGCGCUCCGCAGCCACCACAUUGCCGGCAUGGACAUCUACGCGUCGGACUAUGACCAGCGCACGGCGCUCCACAUCGCCGCCGCCGCCGGGCACGUGGACGCGGUCGAGUACCUCGGCGCUUGGCCGAACUCUGCGGAUCGGUUUGGGAAUACCCCGCUCUCCGACGCGAUCCGCGAGGGGCAUGACGCGUGCAAAGAGCUGCUCACGAGCGCGUCCAAAGCAGUGGCGAAGAAGUCGCUUCUGGAGCGCUUGGAGGAGUCCAGCGCGGCCGAGACGGCCGAGACGGCAACAGAGGCUGCCUGA